UAGAUGUCAAAACAAAAACAAAUAUUGAGGUUAUUAUUAGUGACGAAAGUUGCUUCAAGUUAGUAUAUGACAAUAUCCUUUGUGUUUUAUUAAUGUUGUUAAUGGAAUUAUAGUGAUUGAAAUGGAGAUUGAUGAAAUAGAAAAUUUGGCCCUAUUAUUAAAAGGAAAUGAAAAACCAAUUUCAGAAGGUUUUAAGAAGGUCUCUCUUACCGUUCAUGUAUUGGACAAAGUAAAUAAUCUGGUGAACUUUCACAUAAAACAAUUAAUGAUAAAUCAUCCCACAUGUAUUGAUAUAAGCGAUCAAAUUUCAACAGAAACAACCAAAAAAAAUAUACAAAUAAUUUUCAAAAUGAUGCAGAGUAUAGCACAUCUCAAAUUAAUUGCAGAUAUACUGCCAGUUGAUAAUGCAGUUGAUAUCUCCGAAUUUAGAAAUUUGCAAGUACUUGAGAUACAAAAAGUUGAUAUCUCCAGAAUAAUAGGAUUGAGUUCUCAAAGAUUGCAUUUGCAACAACUUAUUUGCUCUCGAGAUUUGGAUUCCCUAAAAGGACUACUGGAAGAUUGUGGAGGUGAUUACUCCUCUAAAUAUAUAUGGACUGAACUGAAGAAUUUAGUGUUGCCUUACAACAAAUUGACCUCUUUAGAUGACAGCUUAGAAUGUGUACCCUGGUUAAGUUCUCUAGAUCUAAGUCAUAAUGAACUUACAAAUGCAGAUGAAAUUAAUUGUUUAAAUAAUUUGAAGAAUCUUAAUUUGUCCUAUAACAAAUUGCAAAAGUUACCCAAAUUUUCUGGACAAAUUUGCAACAGACUUCAGAUUCUCAAUGUUAAUAACAACUUUUUAGAGGAUAUUUCUCCACUGAAAAACUUAGUAAAUGUAUGUGAAUUGGAUUUGUCUGACAAUUGCUUAAUUGAUCAUAUGGUACUGAUUUCUUUGUCUCAUUUAGCAGCAUUGCAUUGGCUCUCACUAGUUGGCAAUCCACUAUCAUAUCAUUCUAGACAUAUACAAAAUACAUGUGUCUAUCUUCAUUCAAACAUAGAGCCUCAAAGAUUUGUCCUUGAUUUCAAGCAUUUGAACAGAGGUGAUAUUAAAUUAAUUGGAACGUUUCAUCCUCUUUUGCAAAGGUCUAACAGUGAAAUAUUCAGUGCUUCUGAGGGAAGUAACAAACUCUUAACAUCAGUGGACCGAUCCAAGAAAGUGAGAGAAGUAGACAUUGAAGACACUAAAAGUGUUGAUAAAGAACCUAUUGUUCUUCCUCAUUCAUAUUCAUCAGUCGAUCAUUUAGAAGUAAAAAAUCAUAUUCAUAAUUUGAGGGAGACCUAUGGUGAAUCCUGGUUAAAUUACUACAAAGGGCCUAUAGAUAAAGAUAAUUCUAUAAAUGAUUCACAAGAUAUGAGCGGAUUUACUGUGCUGGAUGAAACAAACAGUAACAAUGAUGAAAAAGAGCCUAAUACUGAUAACGCAGUUGAUGGAGAAGAAAUAGAAAACAACAUUUAUAACACAAAUGUAGAUGAAACAUCUGAGGAUGAAGAUAUAGAGGUUAAUAGUGAAGAAUCAAUCUACUUGGCCAAAAUUCCUGGUGAAGAUGAAGACUUAUUUGUUGUAUUCACUAAAGACAAUCUUACAGAAAUCGAUUGUACUACAAGCAAAGAACGUGCAAGUUGGGUGCUUAGCACUAUAACCAGUUGUGAAUUUCAAGAUGAAGAUCACUGCACUUUACAGAUUAAUUUUGAUACAUUACGAAAAGAUCGUAAACAGCGAACUUAUGUACUUCAAAUUGAUGAUGCUGAAAGACUAUAUAGUUAUAUCGGUAAUUUGAUAAACAGCAGAGAAAAACCUACUUUGAAUAAGGUCCUUCAAUGUAUGAAAUGUUUGAAACAGAUUCCCAAAGUUGAUGAUCUACUAGCUAGUUAUAAGGAGGAGGUUAUGCAGUGCCCAGACUGUGGUAGCACCAUUCUGGUUGAAGAGAAUAUCGGGUCAGGAGAUUAGCACAUAUCUUGUGCAUAAUAGAUCGCUUUGUAUUGAUAAUCGAUAAUUAUUGUAUAAAUGUGUAUAACUCCCAAAAAAACUCUAUAUUUGCUAUA